AUGGGCUCGGCACCUGCGUGCAGUCAUCGCGUGGGAUGCUACUGCAAGAUCGAUGAGUCUCAGAAGCGCGACUUCACCGGAGGUUUACUAUUCGGGAAAAUUACUGGAGUUUGUGCCGCACUACAGAGACACAAUUAUGAGUACACAGUGCAAAUAGACUACAGGGAUACCCAGUGCGUCGAGGAACAGUACUUGCAAGAACUCUUUUUGCCAGAGCUGGAUUGGGUGACCCCACACACGCGUGAAGUUGCAGUCUGGGUCGAAACGCACGGAGCAAAGAGAUUCGUGGCAGAGCUGAUCCGGCGAACAGGAGAUGGAGUUUUUCAGGUUCGAUUUGCUGACGGCACCUUGCUAGAAAACGUGAAGGUGGACCAGCUGAGCCAACCCACAGAAAAUGCCUUGCGCACAUCGCCCUCCAAAACGCCACCGGAUGCAGAUUGGCUGCUGGAUCGCAAGAUUCAAGCCAAAAUUGACGAUGUGUGGCCAAUCAGGCAGCGAAUCAAAGACACCUUGCAAAAGCUGCAGACUCCUCGGCCAGUGACGGCUCCAGUUCUGCGAGGGCCGUUUGUGGGAAAGGAUGCAACUGACUCGGAAGGCUAUGCAGCUCAUCCGAAGCCUGCGGAGCACUUGGUCGUUGAUCGCGAGUUCGUGGACACUUGGGGCAAAUUCGCCGGGAAGGUGAAGUUUGCCUCUACCUUCAAAGUAGGCCCGGCCUAUCCCAGAAUGGAGGUAUGGGUGGAGCAGGUUGAUGCUGCGGAGCCGCUCUACUUCCACGCAGCUCUGCCAGUUCACGCUGGACUCAUCUGCCUCGGAAAGUACGAGGGAAACCCAGAGUGGAUCCGCGCCAGUGACGUGGCCCUGCUGGGCAUCAUGAUCUAUGCCGACGGCGAGCUUUGCUCCAAACUUGAAAACCCCGCCCUUGUGAAGCAUGGCGCGCAAAAGUAUGGCCACGACAGUUGCCACUACGUGCCCGGCUGUACAUCCACAUACUUGAUUGACAUGGACUGGAUAGGAGCUGUCUUCACUCUGGCGCCUUCAGACUCUGACUUCGAGGUGCAAGAUGACAUUUACAACAUCAUCACCUACCAUGAGAUUUUGGAGGCCGCAUCCAGUCAGCUACAGGAGCACGGCAAUAUCUUGGCUUCUGAGCGGGCAGAGGUCACGGUCCAAGUGGACCUGGUGCUGACCACAAGUUACUUGGCUACCGUUCGCCAGGUUUGCUGCGGGGCAGCGCGCGUGAUGCUAACCCAGAAAGGCAUGGACGCUUCCCGCAAGCGUCUUCGGCACGUCUUGAAGCACAGGCUUCGCUCACAGGCAGCCCUUUUCCCGAAGAGGCCCACAAAGGAGCUGUCGAAGCCACGCUUUGAAGAUGGAGUGGAAGAUCGGAUCCAGAAGUACUUGGAUUUAACCCUUGGGACCAACUCCACUACCUUGGGCAAUUCCUUGACCAAUUAA